UCCCUCAAUUGAUUCCUUGGCAAACUUAUAAUAGAAGUAUAAACCGUAUAACGUACAAAAGCCUUAUAAUCCAUCAACUCAUACGAAGUAAAAGUGCUAACAGUGUCCAAAAACAAGUUAGCAGCAGUUUUAAAGUCUCUUACAGCCAUACAGUAAGCCCCUUGAUAAACUUUGAGGCGAUUGCGUCUGUCCCAAUCGCCUCCUUCCUCAAUCAGGGUUUUAGCUUUUUCAAUAUUCCUCGUGAUAAGAUCAUGGUCCAUGAAAAACAACCCGAUUCUUAUCAAGUGGAAAAUGAUGUCUAGCCUGUGCCCCAAAGAUACAGUUUUGUCAUAGGUUUGCCUGAAGGUGCUGAUGGCAUUUUCUUUGUCACCUAUUCUACUGUAGUAUUCGGCUUUUCUCAAGUAGGCCUCUCUCACUUCCAUUUCGCCCAAAUUCUUUUCCGCAUCUUCAAUAGCUUCGUCCAGCUUCUUUAUUUGUUCCUCGUUUUUCGUUUUGAAGGUUUUCAGGAGUUUUUCGUCUUUUUUCCAGCCGGCGUCUUGGCAAACGAGUUCAUACCAAGGAGCCAUAUCUGAACACAAAGUAAAGUAAAAUUGUUUCAAUAAAUAAGGGCAAAACUUACCAUCUUUCUUGAUAGCUUCAGUGAUUUUCGCAUGUACCCCCUUAUCAUUUCGAAAUUCGGGCAAAGUGAGCAGGAACUUGUAAUUGGCCAAUUCCAAGUCGGGGUUCUUUUCCAGGCCUUGAUCUUCCAGGUUUUCGACAGGCAUUUUUUAAUUAGUAAUUUAUAUGUUCUUUUGUAGUACAAUAAUAAUUAUUGAAUGAAUGGGCCGGGGUCGGCGAUGACAAACAAAAUUUAUAAAUGGACGUCAUGACAGUACAUAUUGCCAACCUAGAAAAAAAAUUAUAAAUAAUUAAAAAAUUCCAUUUAAAACUAAUAAUAAUUUAUUGUAAAUAAUUGCACUAUAAACAAAUUUUUAUUAUUAACAAUUCUUGCCCUAUCAACAUUGAAUUAAAUGUGUAAAAUUAUCAAUAAGGGCUUCAUUUGCAUUAUAGUUGGCAACACUGUAAUUAAUUUUUGACAAUGUUAAAAUGCAAAAGUCAUAACAAAAAUACAAAACAGCUGUCUAUGAAAUGUUUAAUAAUUUGUGGUCAAAGUUUUUGAUAAGAAAAACCCAAUUAUUAUUAACAAACAAUUAUCGUAACAAUGCCGCGUAAUGUUUUAAUCACCCUUUGUCUAUAAUGUGCGUUGAUUUUUAACUCAUAACAAUCAAAGGAGGAAGAGAAAUCUCUAUUUUCUGUGUGAGUCAUCCUCUGGAUUGGAUAAGAACAAUAGAUUUUUGAGUUUUAAAAUUAUUAUUUAAAGAGGCGUAUUAUUUAUUUAAUUGUAUUAAUAAAUCAUGUAUGAUCCUGAAAGAGAUGAGACUAUUAAUGAAUGUGACAGUGAUUAUGAUAGUUCCUAUGAUGAAGAUGAAGAUGAAACUACAAGAAUUAUACCACCAAUGGUUGAAGAUACCAAGGAUGUCCUCAAAUCCAGACACAUCCUUGGGAUUCUUGGAUUCCUGGGUUUCGCCAAUGUAUACGCAAUGAGAGUGAACCUCUCUGUAGCUAUUGUUGCUAUGGUCAAUCAAACAGCUCCAGUAAUACAAAAUAAUACAUUUGAUCAUUGUCCUAUGCCAAAUGUUACCAAUAACAGCACUACACCAUCUAAUGGUGAAUUCAAUUGGGACGAAAAGACACAAGGGAUAGUAUUGGGUGCUUUUUUUUACGGGUACGUUUUGACUCAAAUACCUGGUGGACGUCUAGCCGAAGUAAUGGGAGGCAAAAAGAUUUACGGCAUUGGGGUGCUGGUGACUGCUUUAUUUACAAUAUUAAGCCCCAUUGCUGCCAGGAUUAAUUUCCCUUUAUUUAUUGCUGUAAGGAUAUUGGAAGGAAUGGGAGAGGGUGUAACAUUUCCUGCUAUGCAUGCAAUGUUGGCCAAAUGGAUUCCGCCUUUGGAAAGAAGCAAAUUUGGUGCUUAUGUGUACGCUGGUGCUAAUUUUGGUACCAUAAUAUCUUUACCUUUAUCUGGAUGGUUGUGUUCGUUGAAACUAUGGGGCGGAUGGCCUUUGGCCUUUUAUUUAUUCGGAGUUUUGGGUAUAAUUUGGUUCGUUUUUUGGAUGUUUUUGGUUUACGAUUCGCCCACUACUCAUCCGAGAAUCGAUAGGCAGGAACAAGCUUUUAUUUUGGCCAGUAUCGGACCUCAGGAAGAAGACAAAGGUUCAGUACCAUGGAUGAAAAUGCUGACUUGUCUUCCUUUGUGGGCUAUUUUGGUUACUCAGUGCGGCAAUUCUUGGGCUUUUUAUACGCAACUGACGGAGUUGCCUACUUAUAUGGCUCAGAUAUUGCAUUUUGAUAUUGAAGCGAACGCAGUAUUAUCAGCAAUCCCAUACCUAACCAGCUGGUGGGCCGGCAUACUAAUAAGCAUCUUCGCCGACUGGCUACUACUAAAAGGCUACAUAUCCCUCUCAAUGUCCUACAAACUGUGGAACUCCAUUGGUGCUAUCAUCCCAUCUUUGGGCCUAUUGGGAGUAGCUUAUGUUGGUUGCGACAGGACCGCUGUCCAAUUACUUUUAGCUAUACCAGGUGCUUUUGGGGGUGCCGUUUACGCCGGAAACCAAAUGAAUCAUAUAACGUUGAGUCCCAAAUAUGCUGGUACCAUGUACGGUAUUACCAAUGCGGCCUCGAAUAUGUGCGGCUUUAUGGCUCCUUAUGUUAUUGGAUUGAUUAUCAAUGGAAGGGAAACUUUAGGUCAAUGGAGGAUGGUGUUUUAUUUGGCGGCAGGCAUUUGCAUAGGGGCUAAUUUGUUUUAUGUUGCUUUUGCUAGUGCUAAAGAAGUAUCUUGGUCGAAAUCUCAACGGUCAGGAUCAGUUAACUGACAGGCACUUUAUUUAGCCAUGUUAGUUGAGGCUUAGAACAAUUUAUUUUUUUGACAUUCCUUUAUUAAGUUGAAAAUAGCACAAAUUGUUAUAGUAUUUAUGAGAAAAAAAUUAGAUUUUAUAAAGCCAAAUAUGUGAUUUUAAAGAACGGGAAAUUUAUAUUUUAUGUAAAACGAUAUUUUGUGUACUGACUAUUAUUGUUUUAGGGGAUUUUUAUUAAUAUUUAAUUAUUGUAAAUUGCCUUUAUGAUUUAAUAAACUUUUUGAAACAUU